UUGAAAACGGGUAUUCAUUUAGAUCUAUGAUUAACCUUUAACAAGAUCUUCCUGUUAAAUUCUACAUUUGCUUUAAUCUCAGUAGGGAAAAUACAAACUGCUAUUGCACAUAUAGAGUUUCUACAUACCCUGUGGAUGUUAAAUGAUCUCUUACAGCUAAAGGCACAUCUGCAACGUAUUUAAAUGCCAGCUUUGGGCAUUAUUAGUAUAAAAUGCUAAGUCACUUUUUUGGGAAAUAUUUUGAAAAGUUGAAACUCCAGGAGGAAACUCCAAUAAAUGGUAAUCUUAUGAUACCAUUUGUUUCAAGGGAGUGGUAGGAAGAUGAGUGGCUGUCUUGCAUAUUUUUCUCUUAGGGAAAAAGUGGUAUGAUCGUCGUCCUUAAAGUAAGUAUGAAGUUUGUUGCUGUGCUAUAGACUGAUGUCCUUUUGCACCAUCUUUCAGGAUGCUGUAAAAGGGUUUUAAGCGCAUAUUAUCAGUUGUUGUAGAGGUGACACAGGUCCUCAAAUUUGAGUCUCCCUUCAAACUCUGAGAGUCUAUGAGUUUAUGAAAUUUAAAGAACAAUGAUCGGUUGGUUUUAAAUAAUCUAUCCUAAGUGUAUAAUAAACUGAAAACCUAGAUAACAUUUCAAUGAAAAAUUGUGAUUCCACCAGAUUUUUUGCUUUUGCCUUGCAUUUUUUUUUUACUCUGUCUCUCGUUUUCUUAAACACAUUGUUGAAGGUCAAACAUUCGGGACAAUGUAGAAAUGAUUAAGCUUCAUAAACAACUAGUGGAGAAAAGCAAUGCUCUUUCAGUAAUGGAAGGAAAAUUUAUUCAGCUUCAAGAGAAGCAAAGAAGUCUCCGAAUCAGCCAUGAUGCCUUGAUGGCAAACGGAGAUGAGCUAAAUAGGCAACUCAAGGAGCAGCGUUUAAAAUGCUGCAGUCUUGAGAAACAAUUACAUUCCAUGACAUUUUCUGAAAGAAGAAUAGAAGAGCUGCAGGAUAGAAUUAAUGAUUUAGAAAAGGAACGGGAACUUUUAAAGGAAAACUACGAUAAACUUUAUAACAGUGCCUUCAGUGCUGCCCACGAAGAGCAAUGGAAGUUAAAGGAACAGCAGCUGAAAGUACAGAUCGCUCAACUCGAGACUGCCUUAAAAUCUGACCUAACAGACAAAACUGAAAUCCUUGACAGAUUCAAAACCGAAAGAGACCAAAAUGAGAAACUCGUUCAAGAGAACAGAGAACUACAAUUACAGUAUCUGGAACAAAAGCAACAACUUGAUGACCUUAAACACCGCCUGAAGUUUUACAACCAGGAGAGUGAUAUAAAUGCUGAUGAAUUGAGUGAAGCUCUCCUGCUUAUAAAGGCUCAAAAAUCACAAAAAAAUGGAGACCUUUCCUUUUUAGAGAAAGUGGACAAUAAAAUUAACAAAGAUCUAGAACAUUCCAUGAGAGAGCUACAAGCAACUCAUGCAGAAACAGUGCAAGAACUUGAAAAGACGCGAAACAUGCUAAUUAUGCAACAUAAAAUUAAUAAAGAUUAUCAGAUGGAAGUUGAAGCAGUGACCCAGAAGAUGGAAAAUUUGCAGCAAGAUUAUGAACUCAAAGUGGAACAAUAUGUUCAUCUUCUUGAUAGCAGAGCUGCUCGCAUUCAGAAACUAGAAGCCCAAUUAAAGGAUAUUGCCUAUGGCACCAAGCAGUAUAAAUUUAAACCAGAAAUCAUGCCAGAUGACUCUGUUGAUGAGUUUGAUGAAACCAUUCACUUAGAACGAGGCGAAAACCUAUUUGAAAUCCAUAUCAACAAAGUAACCUUUUCUUCUGAAGUUUUACAGGCUUCUGGAGAUAAAGAGCCUGUCACUUUCUGUACCUAUGCUUUCUAUGAUUUUGAGCUACAGACAACUCCCAUAGUCCAAGGCCUUCGCCCAGAAUAUAACUUCACUUCUCAAUAUCUCGUUCAUGUUAAUGACUUAUUUUUACAAUAUAUUCAGAAGAAUACUAUCACUCUUGAGGUCCACCAAGCUUACAGCACAGAUUAUGAAACAAUUGCAGCAGGUCAGUUGAGAUUCCAUGAGAUUCUAGAAAAAAGUGGUCGAAUAUUUUGCACAGCAAGUUUGGUUGGAACUAAAGGAGGCAUCCCAAAUUUUGGCACAGUGGAAUACUGGUUCAGAUUACGGAUUCCCAUGGAUCAAGCAAUUCGGCUUUAUCGAGAACGAGCAAAGGCUUUGGGAUAUAUAACAUCAAAUUAUAAGGGGCCAGAGCAAAUGCAGUGGUCAAGUCAGCAAGCAUCCAAAACUGCUCAACUCAGUUCUACUGAUUCCACAGAUGGCAACUUAAAUGAACUUCAUAUUACAGUAAGAUGUUGCAGCCACUUGAAGUCCCGAGCAAGCCACCUUCAGCCACACCCAUAUGUUGUGUACAAGUUUUUUGAUUUUGCAGACCAUGAUACAGCCAUCAUUCCCAGUAGCAAUGAUCCACAGUUUGAUGAUCAUAUGUGUUUCCCAGUGCCAAUGAAUAUGGAUUUGGAUCGAUACCUUAAGUCAGAGUCUCUGAGUUUUUAUGUGUUUGAUGAUAGUGAUACCCAAGAGAAUAUAUAUAUAGGAAAAGUCAAUGUGCCUCUGAUUUCAUUGGCACAUGAUAGGUGUAUCUCAGGAGUGUUUGAGUUAACAGAUCAUAAAAAGCAUCCGUCAGGAACCAUCCAUGUUAUAUUGAAAUGGAAAUUUGCUUACCUUCCACCAAGUGGCUCUAUAACAACUAAAGACUUAGGAAAUUUUAUACACAAAGAAGAGUCAGAAGUUGUUCAAAGAGUACCUCCAACAUCCUCUGUUAGCACAUUAGUUGUCGCACCAACACCUAAACCAAGACAGCGUUUAACACCUGUAGAUAAGAAAGUGUCUUUUGUGGAUAUCACACCACAGCAGAGUUCUGAGAUACCUACUCCUGAAGAUGUGAAGGAAAUUUCAUCAGAAGUGGAGCAUACGCCAGAAAUAGAAACUAAUAUGCCAACUCUUUCAGAUAUUCCUGAGGCUUCUCAAGAAAGCAGUGGAGCUAAGGGAAAAGAGAAAAUACAACAAGGAAAAGAUAAUGAUGUGUCUUUCCUGUCUGAGGGUCAGCUUACAGAUCGAAGCUGGACUUCUGAAGAUGAAACAGAAAUAACUGAGGAAUUGGAACCAGAAGGACAUCAAAGUGCCACAGAGCACCAGUGUAAUUGGGCCUUGCUGGCCUGUCAGAUUCCGUCAGCCUGA